AUGUCGCACGUCGUCAUCAUCGGCGGCUCCUACGCCGGAACAAAAGUCGCACACCAGGUCCUCAAGCAAGUGCCAAACUCGAAAGUCACCCUCAUCGACCCCUCGGAUGUCUUCUACUACAACAUCGCCUCGCCGCGCAUCAUCGCCAAGCCAAAGGAAGCCAAGGUCGACCAAUACCUGAUUCCCAUCAUUGACAAAUUCAAGCAAUACCCUGAGUCCCGGUUCACCUUUGUCAAAGGCUAUGCCAGCUCUGUCGACACUGCUGCCAAGACUGUGAGCGUCAAGGAUGGAAAGGAUAUUUCGUACGAUUAUUUGGUCGUCGCAUCUGGCUCAACCACACCCGGCACUGUUGGCGACGAAGCCAUUCCCUUCAAGACUACUGGAGCAGACAUUCGCGAAAAAGUCGAGGCAGCACAGAAGAGAGUCGCCGCCGCAGACAGCAUCAUCAUCAUCGGCGCCGGUCCCGUAGGCGUCGAAAGUGCUGGCGAAAUCGCCCAAGCAUACCCCAGAACAAAAGUCACCUUGAUUUCCUCGCACGCACAAGUCCUGCCUGCCCUCAAGGCCUCGGCCGCAAAGUCCGCCCACGCCAGUCUGGAAAACUUGGGCGUUACGAUUGUCUACUCGGCCCGCGUUACCGAUACGAAGAGCGAAGGCGGAAAAUUCGUGGUUCAACUCGACAAUGGCAAGACUCUCGAAGCAGCUCUCGUCAUCUCAGCAGCAGGAAACAUCGCCAACACCUCCUUCAUGCCCCCCUCCACUCUCGACGCCGACAACUGGAUCAAGGUCGACGGAAACAUGCGCGUGGCUUCCAUCUCCGACAACUCUGUCUAUGCCUUGGGGGACGCUACCCACUACAAGCAACGCUACUAUCUCAAAAUCAACGACCAGAUCCCUGUGGUGGCAGCCAACAUCAAGAAUGCCAUCACCAAGGCUGGACAACUCAAGACUUAUGAUGCGAGUGAUAAGUUGAUGGUGUUUGUACCCAUCGGCAGCAAGACUGGCACUGGACAGAUUGGAAGCUUUGUGCCGUUUAGCUUUAUGGUUGCAUUUGUCAAGGGCAAGGACUACUUUAUGAGUAAAGCUGCUACUAUGAUUGCUGCGUAG